AUGCAUAUCGAAGUGCACGAGUCUCUGUCCUCCUCAAGCUUCGUUAAUGCACUGAGGAGAUUCACAGCUGUUCGUGGUCCUGUCCGUCUGUUUCGUUCUGACCGGGGAACAAACUUCAUAGGGGCAUGCAAGGAACUUCGGAUCAGAUCUGAUGACCAUGAACUGAAUACUUACCUUCACGAUCAAAGCAGCACCUGGACCUUUAAUCCUCCCCACUCUUCCCAUAUGGGUGGAGUGUGGGAGCGAAUGAUAGGUAUUGCCCGUAGAAUACUGGAUGCACUGCUGUUACAGACAAACACUGCUCACCUGUCUCAUGAAGUUCUGGUCACACUCAUGUCUGAAGUCAUGGCCAUUAUGAACGCUAGACCCCUUGUUCCGGUGUCAUCCGAUCCAGACAUGCCCACAGUCCUUACACCUGCCAUGCUGCUAACACAGAAAGUCGACCCAGUGCUGCCACCCGUGGGAGAGUAUGACCUUAAAGACCUGUACAACAAGCAGUGGAAGCAAGUACAAGCGUUGGCCGACGCAUUCUGGAAACGCUGGCAUCAAGAAUACCUGGUGUCACUCCAACCAAGGAGGAAGUGGCACGUGGACAAGCCAAACCUGAGCGAAGGAGAUGUUGUGCUUUUCAAGGAUGCACAGGUCAAGCGGAAUGAAUGGCCUGUCAGAGUGGUGGUGAACGCCAUUCCCAGCAAAGACUCUAAAGUUCGCAAAGUGGACCUGAGGGUGGGCAGACAGGGUACUCAGCGGGUGUAUUGUAGACCAGUCUCAGAAGUUGUUCUACUUGUAAAAGGUGAAUAGUGUUAU